AUGUCUAAUUCUUGGACUGAGGCAGACGAUAAUUUAUUGAAACAACUUAUCGCAGAGUACCAAAAACAGUGGAGUGUGAUAGCUGCACACUUUCCAACAAGAACUCCUUCGCAAGUUGCCAGUAGAUGGGAAAAGUAUUUAGAUCCCAAUCUAAUUAAAGGCGCUUUCACGGAAGAAGAAGAUAAUCUUAUUCGCCAAUUUGUUGCCGUACACGGACCUCGCUGCUGGCAACAAGUUACGGAAUUUGUUCCAAUGAGAUCAGCGAAACAAUGCAGAGAACGAUGGUUUAAUCAUCUUGAUCCAACAGUUGUCAAUAAAGACUGGACUCCGGAAGAAGAUCAAGUCAUUUUCGAAAGACAUCAACAAAUUGGUCCAAAAUGGGCCCUUAUCUCAAGACAACUUCCCGGAAGAACAGACAAUGCCAUCAAAAAUAGAUGGAACGCAUCGAUUUCAAAACGCGUAAAAGUAGACGAAAAUGGAGUGGAAUAUUUAGCUCCAGAUACAUCUAAGAGGAAGAGAAGAGUUGCCAAGCAACUUCCUUCUAGACCACCUCCAAUUCGCACUGUUACACCAGAGAUAAAUACGGCUCCUCAGCCAUUAAGAUCAUCAACACCUCCUCCACCAACAAUUAGAGAUGAAGAAUUAUCUCAAUUUGUUGCACCAAUGGAAAAUACCAGCUUUGUCGACGUUUCUCCACAAGGUUCCUAUUUCUUGAUGAGUCCUGCAAAAAUUUCACCGUAUUCAUUCAGUCCUAGUGCUGGAAUAUCCCCUAACUCGCCAUUUAGAAACUUCUUUAAGUCUCCAGGUGCCGAUGAUUUUGUUUAUGAACCAUUCGAUUCUCCUAUGUUUCAUUAG